ACAUUCCAAAAAAUUUCAAAAAAAAAAAAAAAAUAAAAAUUAAUAAUAGCAAAUAUUUUGUUUUAAUUUUUAAUAUAAUAUAAAUACACGAAAAAUAAUAAUAAUGGAUAAGGAUUCAAAACUUGCCACUUUAGUCGAAUAUGGGUAUGAUCCAGUUGUAGCACAGGUAGCGUUGGAGCAAACUAGCUAUGGCGAUUUAAAUGUAGCAAUCGAUUAUAUAUACAAGAAUUUUGGUGAGGGGAGUCUUGAUAAGAAAGAGGUUAUAACUGAACCAACACCACUAACAAGUCAACCAACCCAACAAUUAAAUACACCAACCAAACCAAAAAGACAAAUUUCAACCUCAUCAUCAAAGAGAUUAAAGAGUUCAAUUACUGUUAGUGCUGGCUCAGAUGAUUGCUAUGAAGAUCAAGAAGAUUCAGAAGAAGAAUAUUAUCAAGAUGUAGACGAUUAUGAAUUUGAUAUUGCCCUAGUCGAUGCUUUCCCAAAAGCAAACACUGUUAUCCAAUCAAAAGAUAUUAUAAAUACUGCACUCGCAGAAAUUAACAAUAUUUCCUCAAUCACAGAAACAACACCAUCCGCUGCAACUUUAUUAUUAUGUUAUUUCCAAUGGAACCCAAACAAAUUAUUAGAAAGAUAUUAUGAGGAUCCAGAAAGAGUUGUUUCAGCUGCAGGUAUUAAAAAAAUAGAUCAGUUUUUUACAAAAACAUCAGUACCAGGACAAAUGUGUAGUGUAUGUGCAGAUGAUUUAGAUAGUAAUAAUUGCAGCUAUCUUUCUUGUAAACAUUAUUCGUGUGAUGAUUGUUGGAAUCAAUACCUUUUAAUUAAACUUUUAGAAGGUGGUGCCACAAGUAUUCCAUGCAUGGGUGUAAAGUGCCCAAGUGUUAUUCCAGAUGAGUUUAUUCAUAAAGUUGCACCAAAUCUCUACAAUAAAUAUUUAGAACGUUUGGCUCAAACCUAUGUAGACCAAAACCCAAAUAUGAGAUGGUGCCCAGCUGUUGGUUGUGGUAAUGCUUUAAAGGCUGAUAGCCAAUCAGAAUCAACUGCUCAAUGCUCUUGCGGUUUUAAGAUUUGCUUCAGAUGUAAACAAGAAUCUCAUUUUCCAGCUGAUUGCGAACAAAUGAAAAACUGGAAAAAGAAGUGUGAAGAUGAUUCAGAAACAGCCAAUUGGAUCUCAUCAAAUACACAAGAUUGUCCAAAAUGCCAAUCUGCUAUUGAAAAGAAUGGUGGUUGCAAUCAUAUGACAUGUAUAAAAUGUAAACACGAGUUUUGUUGGAUUUGUUUAGGUAAUUGGAUAGGACAUUCAAAUUGUAAUAGCUACAAGAAAGAAGAAAAUUCAAAUAAAUCAGAAUUAAAGAAAAAUUUAGAAAGAUACCUCUUUUAUUUCCAUCGUUAUAAUACUCACGAACAAAGUAAGAAAUUUGAAACCAAACUUCGUCAAACUGCAAUUGAAACCAUUGUAUCAUUCCAAAAUAAAACUGAUAAACGUUGGAUUGAUAUUAAAUUCGUAGAAACCUCAACUGAAAUUCUUAUUCAGUGUCGUCGUACCCUCAAAUACACUUAUGUAUAUGGUUAUUAUAUGGGUGAGGGCACAGAAAAGAAUCUUUUCGAAUACCUUCAAAACGAUUUAGAAAAAACAACUGAACAACUUUCAUUUUUAUUAUCACAAGCAAAUUCAGAUUUAAAGAUUUUUGACCUUAAAGAAAUGACAAAUUUAGCAUCAGUCAAAUUAAAACAUCUCCUUGAAGGUGUUGAAGAAGGUUUCAUUAACUAAAUCACACAUCAAAUAAUAAAACUACCAAACACAAUAUAAUUUUUCAUUAUAAAUUUAUAGUAUAAAUUUAUAAAUCAUUUUCAAAAAACUAUUAAAAAAAAAAUAAAAAUGUAGAAUAAUUUAAACC